AUGGACGAAGUUGACGAUAUAUUGAAUCAGAAUCAGGUUGUGGAGGAGGAGGAGGACGAAGAUGAUCUUGACGAGGAUAUUGCCGACGUUGCUGAUCGAGCGAAUGCCAAUGAAGAUGAUGGUCAAGAUGAUGAGGAUGGACAGCAAAACAUAGAUGAGGAAUUUGAGGAUGAUAAUGAUGAAGUUGAUGAAGGUGAAGAUGAAGAUGAAGAUAUGGAUGAGGAAGAUGACGAUGAAGAUGAAGACGAUGAUGAAGAUGAAGAUGAUGCGGAUAUGGAAGGGAACUUUGAAAGUUGUGUCGGAAGUUCAACGACUACACCGGAGGCUGAGCCUAAUAGAGCAUCUGCAUAUGAUAAGAUUCAUAUGUACUACACUGAGCUUGCUCGAAAUGCAACUUUUGCUUCUCAUUAUUCAAUUCUUCCAAAUGCGGCUAUUCCAAUCCAGACUCAUGUGAACGCAAUGGCGAUGUCGAAGGGUGCAAAAUACCUCUUCCUUGGAGGCCAAGACGGUUAUAUUAGGAAAUUUGAUUUCCUCAAUACUAUAGAAGGUGAAUUGUCGCUUACUAUUUUGCAGAAACAUUCGCUUGUGGAGUCCAUAUCAAAUGCAGGUAUCUUGAUGUCAUAUUGGGAAAAUGAGAUACCGCAGACGCGGAAGGAAAUGAAACUAAGUAAGAAUGGUAAAGAAUACGAGCCCAAAGUUUCACCGGUUUACUCUCUAGCUGUUCAAUCUGAGUGCCUCUUCCUACUUGCAGGGCAAGAGAAUGGUGGGAUAACAUUGCAAGGCGUUAGAUAUAUGGAGGGUCAAAUUGGACACUACUUUAAAAAGCAUACCAGUGCGGUUCACCAGCUACUGCUCAAUGAUGAUGAAACGCGUUUUAUUAGUGGAUCGUGGGACAAGCAAAUUUUGGAAUGGGAUCUGGAAACAGGCGAUUGCAUAACUGGAUUUAAGGGCGCGUCUUCGCAGAUUUCUACUUUGGCAUAUCGUCCACUUUUCUCUACAGUGGAUAUUGCCUCAGUUAACCCUGAUGAUCAUACAAAGGUAACUGAGCAGUCUAGGGAUGAUGAUGACAUGGAUUCAUUGUUUGGAGACGAGGAUGAGGACCAGCCGGCGGAUAAAUCGAAGACUAAAGACGAUAAUACGAAAGAAUCUACCAAGGUUGCAAGCAGCGAUGUUAAUCCUUCUGUUGCAUCCAAUGUGAUAAGCAAAAACACGUUGAGAACUAUGUAUGAUGAAAAUGUGAUAAUGGCAUCGUGUAUUGAUGGUGCUAUUCAAAUUUGGGACCGUCGAAUUUCGAACAAUGUCCAGCUAACAUUACCCAGGUGUAAAACGACUCCACCAUGGUGCAUGUCGGCAUGUUGGUCACCAGAUGGAGACAAAAUAUAUGCGGGAAGAAGGAACGCCGCAGUAGAGGAAUAUGAUUUGCGUAAUGCAUCCAAAGUAGCUAAAGUACUGAAUCUACCAAAAAUAUCCGGACUAGUGUCUGCAGUUCAAGCAAUGCCAAACGGUAAACAUAUUUUAUGCGCAUCUCAAGAUAAUAUUAGGAUUUAUGAUGUCAAUUGUACCGCCUCGACCCCAUUUUUAAUUGUCCCAGGACAUCAUGGUGGUAACAUCUCCAACUUGUACAUCGAUCCUACCUGUCGCUUUCUGAUAAGUACCAGUGGAAACAGGGGCUGGCAAGGCAAUUCUACAGAUACAACGUUAAUUUACGAUAUUGAUUUGGAAUAA